AUGGGAAUCUUGAACAGACUCAGCGACAAGAUCGCAGGCAGACCCUCGUCUAGCCGUCCUUCCAGCGACACCGCCCAUCUCUUAUCAACUCUAGCACUCGCCGACGCCAACGGUCCUGCUACCCAGCACGCUUCCUUGCCCUACGGCUUUGAGUGGUCACCGGUUCCCCUGGAUCCAGGGAUGACCUGGAUGUUGUCCAUGAACACUAUCGCCCAGAUAGACGAGUACAAGAAGACUACAGGUCUGACUCUGCUCCAGAGGAUGUGGGAAAAACGCAAGCUCGGCCACAUUGACUUCAAUAUCAGGUGCGGCGAGUGGCAGUGGGGUGUUCACAAGGAAGUGUUGGCUGCGAGCAGCAAGUACUUCGAGGAGACCUUCGCUGCGUCGCAACACAAGGGUACCUACCUGACCAUGAUCGAGCUCCAACGCUGUGAUACAGCCACCGCCGGUCGUCCCGACUGUUACAACCCGAAGUACGUUGAAGAAUUCAUCCACUUCCUCUACAACUUCACCAUCACCCCAGGUGUUAGAGAGAUGCCUGAGUACGAGCGUCUCUGCACCCUUGCCAAGUUGCACCGCACCGCCACGCAGUUCCGUGCUCCAGACGUGAUCGACGCCUUGACGAGCAUCAUUGACGACUGCCUUCCCAAAUUCAACGAGAAUGACGGCCUUAGACAGCAAAUCGGUGGCCCUACCCUUGUAGACUUCGCUCGGGUCUGUCGCUGGGUCUUCGGCCAGCCAGAGUUCCCUGGGCUCGUUUGGAAGUUGCAGCUGCACCUCGUCAGCUACUUGAAGGAGAAUGUCGCUUCUCUGGUCCAGUCGAGAGAAAUGUGUGAGAUGCUGCGUGAGUGCAUCUUCAAGGAGUUGGACAAGGAAGAUCUGAAGCAGCAGUCUGCUUCCAAGUAGUACCUCUCUUUGAGGAUGGAAUGGGCAAAGAGGGUCUUUGGGUGACUUAUGCGGCUUCAAAGGAUGCUAUCAGCAUCAAAAGUUCAACAUAACAAUCCGUCGCAAGGUUAG